AUGUUUAGCAAAGUGGUAGCUCUCAGCGCGCUCUUGGCUGCUGCCAAUGCUGGUCUGCUUGGAAAUGCCCAUUCUUCAGCUGUCCAUAACAUCGUUAUUCAUGAGGCACCCAUUCACCAGGCUGCCCCUGCGAUCCACUAUGCUAACUCUGACGCUCACUACGAUGCCCCAGUAAUAAAUCACGAGAGUCACGACACUUAUGCUCACCCUAAAUAUGACUUCUCCUACUCCGUGGCCGACCCUCACACCGGUGACCACAAGUCCCAACACGAGAUCCGCGACGGUGACUCUGUCCAUGGCUACUACUCUCUGCUCCAGCCUGACGGCUCUGUCCGUUCGGUCGAGUACUCCGCUAAUGACCACAAGGGAUUCAACGCCGUGGUGGUAGCUCUCAGCGCGCUCUUGGCUGCUGCCAGUGCUGGUCUGCUUGGAAAUGUCCAUUCUUCAGCUGUCCAUAACAUCGUUAUUCAUGAGGCACCCAUCCUCCAGGCUGCCCCUGCGAUCCACUAUGCUAACUCUGAUGCUCACUACGAUGCCCCAGUAAUAAAUCACGAGAGUCACGACACUUAUGUAAGAACUAAUCGUCUAAUUUCGUUAUUGUAA